AUGAAAGACUUUGAUGCCAAAUUGGGCACGCUUUUGAAGUGGCUUAGCGCCAAUACUGCGCUGUCGCUUGUUUCGCCGAAAAUCACCGUGAAAAAUACCCCUGAUUCCGGUAGAGGCCUCUACGCCACAGGCCGAAUCGGGUCUCUGGAGGAAAUUGUGAAUGUACCCCACCUGCUUUUGCUCAAUUUCACCACGGCACUUGCACACGUGUCGAAAUUUGCAGGUUUCGCUUUGUCAGAGCCGCAUUAUGCCAAAAUCAACGUCCCCAAGACUCCGCAAGAUCAAAUCACCCAGAUCUACCAAAAACUCACGCUAGACGGCAUUUUGGCGCUUCUGUCGUUCCAGUUCUUGAGCGCGUACAUUGUGCUUGAAAAACGGCGUGGAACAAACUCUUUCUGGAAACCGUUUUUGGAUAUGCUUCCUGAGCUAGAGGAGCUCUCCUUGGCUCCAGUGGUAUGGACGGUGCUUCAAUCGCCUGGCCACGAGGAUCUCACGAGACAUUUGCCCAGAUCCACAAGAAAACACUCAGAAAGAGUCGUCAAGCGUUUCGAGACGGACUACGCCACAGUUAAUGCAUUUUUAGACCUCACCCUAGACAAAGUCGAGUUCCUUUGGGCCUGGAUGUGUAUCAAUUCCCGUUGCUUGUACAUGGAGAUGCCACAGAAAAAGGACUCGAGCGACAAUUUCACUUUAGCGCCCUAUGUGGAUUUCCUAAACCACCUGGGAAACGACGAAUGUGGAAUAAAGAUAGACACCCAUGGAUUCCAUGUUCUCACUUCAUCAGUUUACACGCCUGGCAUGGAAUUAUACUUCAGCUACGGGCCCCACUCCAACGAGUUUCUUUUAUGUGAGUACAGUUUCACAAUUCCACAAAACCGGUGGAACUACAUCGACGUUUCUGACUAUAUUACACCCCUUCUUCGGCCCCAGCAUGUCGCUUUCCUCAAGGAGGCAGGCUACUACGCAGAUUACACCAUCAACGAUAUGGGAAUGUCGUUCAGAACAGAAAUAGCUCUAGCCACUUUGCAAGAAUCCGAUCCGGCUCAAUCCAGAAAGCUCCAGGCUUUUGUGGAUGGGAUUUCUGAUGGUACAGUGUACCAGCUCAAGAGCCAUGUGCUUUUGAAGCACAUCCUUACGAAGAUCGUGGGAGACUGUGAUAAGAAAUUGGCGAUAGACACGGAGGAUCUGAGGAUAAAGGCCAUUUCUGUGCUUUACAGCGACACGAAAGCUAUAGCAGAGAGGACCAUAGAGGAAAUUGGCGGAUAA